UGGACUCUUCCCUCCUCUUCUUCUUCUUCUUCUUCUGUUGAGUCUCUCGCAUUUUCUUGAACAAUUCCUCUUCACUGUUCUGUUCUUGAGCCCCUCGCACCUUUCCUUCCCCCAUAAAAAGUAACCCCAAUUCCUCUGUUGCUUUCUCACAGACUUAUCAAACACCCCAUCAACGAUCACACAAUAACACACCCAAAAGCCUCAACCCUUUUCCAACUUUCCUCCCCUCCUCUCUUUAGGGUUUUGCUUUUGAUUCCAUUUCUGGGUUCACCCAUUUGUUCUUCCUCAAAUUAAACCCAAAACCCACAAACCAAUUCCUCACCUGAGUCUCUAAAUCCCUUCCUCAGAAACCCACAAACCCUCAAUGAACAGAAAUGUCGAAUUCCACGGCUGCUCAGAGUCAAAAUCGACUUAGGCAUUUCGUCGAACACCUGGUGUGCACUGCUUGACCUCCGAUUUCAAACCCUCCUGGGCUUCUCCAAUUCUCAUGGGUUGUGUCCACGGCAAGUGCUGCGGCCGUUUCCCCAAGUCCUCCGACGGCGACCCCCGCGAUCUCCGAGAUCGCCACGCCGGACCCUACAGCGCUCAGAGGAAGCACCAAAUGCUCACAGAGAGGUCAUUAGAAACUGUCCCAGUUCCCUCACAUGGGUUCAAUCUGGAGUACACUGUGCUAACCCAGAGAGGCUACUACCCCGACUCGCCGGAUAAGGAGAAUCAGGACAGUCUCUGUGUCAAAACCCAGCUGCAAGGUAACCCCAAUGCUCAUUUCUUUGGUGUUUUCGAUGGACAUGGUCAGUUAGGUACACAGUGUUCUAGUUUUGUUAAGGAUAGGCUGGUAGAGCUGUUAGCAGAUGACCCCACAUUGGUUGAUGACCCUGUGGAGGCUUACAAUUCAGCUUUUUUAACCACGAAUAGCGAGUUGCAUAGUAGUGUGAUUGAUGAUUCUAUGAGUGGUACUACUGCCAUUACUGUGCUUGUUGUUGGGAAUGUGUUGUAUGUUGCCAAUGUGGGGGACUCGAGGGCCCUGAUUGCGGUGAGGGAUGGGAGUAGGAUCGUGGCGGAGGACUUGUCGUGUGAUCAGACGCCGUUUAGGAAAGAUGAGUAUGAGAGGGUGAAGAUGUCGGGGGCGAGGGUGUUGAGUGUUGAUCAGGUGGAAGGGCUUAAGGAUCCGAAUGUUCAGAGCUGGGGGGAUGAGGAGAGUGAGGGCGGUGAUCCUCCGAGGUUGUGGGUUCAGAAUGGGAUGUAUCCUGGCACGGCGUUUACCAGGAGUGUGGGCGAUAGUACUGCUGAGAUGAUUGGUGUUGUUGCGACUCCGGAAGUGUCUUCGGUUCAGCUGACUCCCAAUCAUCUUUUCUUUGUCGUUGCGAGUGAUGGGGUCUUUGAGUUCCUCUCAAGCCAAGCUGUUGUUAAUAUGGCAGCAAAAUAUUCAGAUCCUCGGGAUGCAUGUGCUGCCAUUGCUGGAGAAUCAUACAAGUUGUGGUUGGAACAUGAGAACCGGACAGAUGAUAUAACAAUCAUCAUUGUUCACAUCAAAGGCUUGUCUAAUUCAGCUGCUGGUGAUACAGAUGGAACAGAUGGGAGCGCUAAUAGAGCUGUAAGGAGGAGGAGAAAGAAUUCAAGGUUACCUUUUAACAGUGGGUCGGAAGUUUUCCGCUCAACGAGAAGUGAUUCCUCAGAGAUACAGUCUUGUCAGCUUGUGCUUUCAUUGAAUCGGAACCCAGCUAUUGUUGUUCCAUCUCCUACAUGUCAGAGCCCUAGGAAUAGUGUUUGAACUGAAAGGUGUUACAAAAGUUGCCACACAUCUUGUUAUUUUUCUCAAGAGGAUGUGGGUUAGUGUUACCAGCAACAGAUGCCGUUGGUUCUGCAUAUACUACGGACCCUUUCAUUGGGUUAUCUUGCUAAUCUCACUAAUGACGUUUUUUUCUGACAAUAUCAUAAAGCCUGGAGGAAAACAUAUUCUUGUUGAGCUGUAGCUGUGCAUCUGCUAAUGUAGUCAGGGUGGGAAUGGAUCUAAGUAGGGAGGAUCAUAUAGGAAGUCUCUUUAUACGUAUUUGAAGGAGCAUCUCCCUUGUACUUAAUAUUGUAGAAAUCUAAGCUCUGUUGUGACUUAUCCUCAAAACUGAAAGUGGAUGAACAGUAAGAGUAAUAUAUAGUCUAUGUUGCUUGCACUUACUUGACCAAUUUAUGAUCUCUCUAGGCUUUGAAUGAAUUGUCCAUGUUCAGUAAAUAGUGUUGUCGGGGUAGUGAUAAAGUUGCUUUCUGUUUAAUUUUGUUGAGAUUGUAUAUGAUGGGGACUAAUGUGAUUGUAAUUGGAUGUGACCUUAUCAUGCUCUUUCCUUCUUUUUUCCUUCUGAA